AUGCCCGCUCCGACCGAGUCCUUCACCCGCGAAGAGGUCUCCAAGCACAUCACAGAUGACUCCCUCUGGUGCGUAAUCGACAGCGUCGUCUACGACCUAACCGACUUCCUCGACGCCCAUCCCGGCGGCGAAUCCGUCCUUCGCCAAGUCGCCGGCAAGGACGCCACGCGCGAGUUCUACAACCUCCACCGCCAGGAAGUCCUCACAAAAUACGCCCGCCUCGCCGUCGGCACCAUCACGGGUGAGAAGUCCAAGAUCGUCACGCAAAAGAUCGGCGAUCUUAGCAAGGUCCCUUACGGCGAGCCGCUAUGGCUCUCCAAACCCUUCCAGUCUCCUUACUUCAAGGAGUCGCAUCAUAGGCUGCAGCAGGCUUUGAGGAAGUUUGUUGAUGAGCAUUUGUAUGAGGAGGCACAGGAAUGCGAGGCCACGGGUCGCCUCAUCUCGCAGGAGAUGAUUGACUUGAUGGCUAGCAAGGGUAUACUCCAUAUGCGGCUGGGCCCCGGAAAGCAUCUCCACGGCGUCAAUCUCCUCGACGGUGCCGUCAAGGGAGAGGAGUUUGACUACUUCCACGAUCUCGUCGUCAGCCAGGAGCUUGUACGCGCGAAUGCCCGCGGCUUCCAGGAUGGCAACAUGGCGGGAAUGACGAUCGGUCUGACGGCCGUCUUGAAUUUUGCCAGGAAUGAGGCCUGGAAGAAGAAGAUAGCCGACGAGGUGUUUAGCGGUCGUAAGAAGGCCUGCUUAGCCAUCACUGAAGCUUUCGCUGGUUCUGAUGUCGCCGGUCUCAGGACUACUGCUGAAAAGACGCCAGAUGGCAAGUACUAUAUUGUCAACGGAACCAAGAAAUGGAUCACAAAUGGUGUCUUCGCCGACUACUUCGUCACUGGAGUCAACACCGGCAAGGGCCUGAGCGUCCUCCUUAUCGAGCGUGGAGAGGGUGUCGAGACCAAGUCCAUCAAGACCUCCUACUCUCCUGCCGCCGGCACCGCCUACAUUACCUUCGAUAACGUCAAGGUCCCCGUCGAAAACCUCCUUGGCCAGGAGAACAAGGGCAUUCACGUGAUUCUCAGCAACUUUAAUCACGAACGCUGGACCAUGGUUUGUGGAACUGUUCGUAUGUGCCGCACUAUUGUCGAGGAGACCCUCAAAUGGUCCAACCAGCGUCUCGUUUUCGGCAAGCGUCUCAUCGAUCAACCCGUCAUCCGUCAAAAGCUUGCCAAGAUGAUCUCCCUCGUCGAGGCCAAUCAGUCAUGGCUAGAGACCGUCACUUACCAGAUGUGCCACAUGCCCUAUUCCGAGCAAGCUAAGCACCUCGCUGGUCCGAUUGGUCUUCUCAAGAUGAGCUCUACCCGUGCUGCCCACGAGAUCGCCGAUGAGGCAGUCCAGAUUUGGGGUGGUCGUGGCUUGACCCAAACGGGCAUGGGUCGUGUUAUCGAGAUGUUCAACAGGACGUACAAAUUCGAUGCUAUCUUGGGAGGUGCCGAGGAGGUCUUGGCUGACCUGGGUGUGAGGCAAGCCAUGAAGAGCAUGCCCAAGGUCAUGUUAUAA